AUGCCUACUGGUAGAUCAACUGGAUCUAGUCGUGAAGAUGACACGCAGUCUUUGACUGCCAGUGUAACGGAUUACCCCAUGGAAUAUGGAAGACGAUACCACAAAUAUCAUGAGGGCUCAUAUUUAUAUCCCAACGACGAGCAAGAGCUAGACCGGAUGGACAUGCAACACCACAUGCUCAAAUUGGUCAACCGCGGGCGGCUGCUCUUCGCUUCUCCCCAAAGCCCAAAGAAAAUCCUAGAUGUUGGCACAGGCUCUGGUAUAUGGCCUAUAGAACUAGCGUCUGAAUUUCCAGCAGCCGAGAUUAUAGGAACCGACCUCUCGCCUGUACAACCGAACGAAGUCCCCGAGAACGUCCAUUUUCUUGUCGAUGACGUUACAGAGGACGAAUGGCUAUGGGGGCCCAACCACUUCGACGUCAUUCAUGCCGGACACCUUUCAGGUGCCUUGCCAUCAUAUAAAGACUUGUUACGGAAAGUCUUCAAGCAUCUCCAGCCUGGUGGCAGUGUUCAGUGCGACGAGUUUGACCCGAAGCCGAAAUGCGAUGACGGAACCAUGCCAGAAGAGGAUCCCGACAAGUUCAGUGAAUAUGCCCUUCAAGACCUUAUGGAUCUACACCAUCGUGCCGGCCAGGCCUCAGACCCGCCCCGGCAGUUUCGAGUGGCCCAUCGAUUGGCACGCUGGAUGAGAGAAGUGGGAUUCGAGGACGUUCAGGAACGGGUUCAAAAAGUACCCGUGAAUCCUUGGUCUACCGACUCUCAUCUGAGAACGAUUGGUUCGUGGAACGAGACAAACCUGCUGGAAGCCGCAGCUGGUUGGUCUUACAAGCCACUCACGAUUCUUGGCUGGUCGAAGCCCGAGAUCGAAGUCUUCCUGGUCGAUGUUCGAAAAUCCAUCCAAAACCGUGAUGUCCAUGCUUAUUUGGACUAUUAUGUGGUAACAGGAAGAAAACCACGUUCUGUUUAG